AUGCGGAAACCUUCACUUGCAUUUGUCUCUGUGCCCCGUGUAGAUAUGCGCGUGUCUGGCCAGUUUGAAGGCCUACUCGAUCCGCUUCUUAGUAAACUGGAAGUAUUCAGGUCGAAGGGGAGUGAUAGAGUGGCCGUGCCAUGUCUGGCCCAGCAAGUUCCCAUGGUCUUGAAAUGCUUCCCGAAUGCAGUCUUGAUCAAACAGAUUUCCAAUGAAGCGGAUGCCCAGGCCUCGAUGCGAUCUGUGACUAUGAUCCCGGAACUUGGAUUCAAGUUCCGCAUGGAGCUGUCCUUCGCUUGUCAUAUCACUUCUGCGGUGUGUACAAUCACCCGCGGGACCGCUGUGCAAGGGCCAUGGAUCACGAGUCUGCUAUAUAAACCAACACCAACAGACGUGUGGGUUUUCGGAGAGGUGGCAUCUAUCUGCGGAAGCCAGGAAGACUUCAGCCAGGCAAAGAACAUGAGCUCUGUUUUGCGGGAGGACUUGGAGCAGAAAGCAAGCCUUCAAAACGAAGCACUUAUAGUCGCCGCAGCCCUGCUCGAGCAGCAUCCAACCGAUGGACGUACAUAUGCAGAGAUAUUAUUCAACCUGACGACGGUCGCUGAAAAAACAGCUUGGCUGGGAGAAUACUUUACACGUUUCUUCGCCCUUAUGCUCCAACCCUUGGUUCGAUAUGAGAUUGCUCUCGACGCCCACAUGCAGAAUGUUGUGGUCCGCAUAUGUACAGAAACGGGAUAUAUCAAGGGCUUUGCCAUUCGCGACGUUAAAUUUCACAAACCAACCCUGCUAAAAAAGGGGUUCAAUGUUGACUGGGAGGUUGAAGGUAGCCUCACUUUGACAGAUGAGAUAAUAUCUGUAUGGAGUAUUGCGAGCCACACCAUAGUGCAAAGCCAUAUAGCCGGUGAUAUAUAUCCAAUGCAAUUAGAAGCCCAGGGUGGCUGGGGCGUGGCACGAGAGGCGCUCACAGAGAUGCUCGCCAAGGACUCUUCUAAGACCGCAAAGUUGCUAUUGAAAUACUUUUUGAAAGGGACGGUUGCUCUAAAAUGCUUCUUUAGAAUGAUCGUUGAAGGGGUAUACCGUUAUAUGAGUACUGGACCUUAG